AUGAGGGGCCAUCAAAUUACCUCGAUCCGCUAUGAAAGUGAAACGACUACAGACCCUAAAGCCACAUGCGAGUCCCUGGGAGACGCUUUUCAAAAAGUAUCCAGUGAAAGUGCGUACAGUGAACGUUUCCUCAAUCACAAACGACAGGUCGAAUCCAAUGCAUUGCUAAUUCCGGCAGAUUCAGGCCAGCACAACCAAAAGUUUAGCAGAUAUGAACUAGACGAAGCUCUGGAGGGACUAAAAGGCUCCUCACCAGGACCUGACAACAUCCACUACGCGAUGCUUUCGCACCUCCCUCUAGAUGGGAAAACUGUUCUCUGCAUGGGAAAGGUCUUCGAAAGGAUGAUCAACAAUCGCUUGGUUCAUCUUCUAGAAACGAAAAAUCUGCUAUACAAUCGUCAGUACGCUUUCCGGAAAGGACGAAGCACAACAGAUCACCUUUGUACCCUCGAAAAGAUUAUUCGUGACACUUUUAACAAAAAUAAAAUAGCUCAAGUAGCAUUCCUGGAUAUCAGCAAAGCCUACGAUACUACCUGGCGCAGGCUUUGCCUAGAGCAGUUGGUGAGUAACAAUAUCGGUGGAAAAAUGGUGCACUACCUUCAAGAAAUGCUACGAAGCAAGAAUUUCCAAGUAUCGAUAAACGGAAAUACGUCGAGUCUCAAGCCAAUGGAAACCGGCCUUUGCCAAGGUUCGGUGUUAAGCGUGACAAUGUUUUUACUGGCUAUAAAUACCCUUACUAGUUAUCUACCCUCAACCGUUGAAUGCCUGAUAUACGCUGACGACGUAAUCUUGAUCGCAACUGGCGAAAACGCAGAGCAAACAGAAGGAAAGCUUCAGAUAGCUUUUGACCAUUUAGGGUCCUGGGAAACUGAAACCGGAUAUAAAAUAUCAGCUGAAAAAAGUGCAACUGUCAUCUACCGCACACCACGUAAAAGAAAACCGACAACUCCGAGCAAGUUAACGCUCAAUGGGGCGAGUGUGCCUCGCAAAAACCAACACAAAUGCUUAGGCGUUAUCCUCGAUCAACACCUGAAAUAUCGUGCCCACGCUGAAGAAGUGAAAGCAGCCUGCCAGCAAAGAGUCCUUUUUAUCCGAAGCAUAGCUGCUAGGACUUGGGGUGGAGACAGAAACACCCUGUUAAAACUAUAUCGUGCCACUCUACUUGAAAAACUUGUUUACGCAGCACCGAUUUUAUCAGCCAUGGAAGAUAAAGUUCAUCAGUCGUUGGAAACAGUCCACAACGCAGGACUUCGAGCAAUCGUAGGAGCCUUCAGAACAAGUCCAGUGGUUAGUCUACAGGCCGAAACCGGAAUCCCCAGUUUGAAAACACUGAUUAAUCAGCGAACCGUGGUUUAUACUUCCCGAUGUCUAGCUGUUGAUCGUAUCGAGGAAAACUCUGAAGAUCAUAACAUAAACCAUCUCAGCAGUGACAGCAACAGCGACAUAAGUUCCGACGAAAGGUGGGGAGAACGAUCCAGAAUCCAACCUAACAGCUACAUCGAUAGAGGAUCAAAUUUGAUAGCCGAAUUAGAACUACAGCUGCCAAGAACAACAGUCUUCAAAUUUCCAGAAUGCCCUCCGUGGAAACGGCUUAAACUCAACGUGGACAAAAGCCUUCAUCACGAACUUUCCCAAGGCUCAACAUCGAACGAUCUAAGACACAUUUUCAACGAAUUACGGCAAACAAAAUACCGUAUUCACAAAGCAAUCUAUACAGAUGGAUCGAAAAAGGACUCGAAAUGCGGCUAUGGAAAAGUGUGUGAUGAUUUCGUAUUCCAAAAGCGUAUGAAUAACAUAAGCAGUAUUUUCGCAGCAGAAAGCGAAGCAAUCAAACAAGCACUGACUUGGAUAGUCGAUCAGCGGGAAUCUCGGGCAUAUCUUAUAUGUACCGACUCCAUGAGCGUUGUAACAAACCUCGAAAAAUGCAAAUUAAACUCCAGAUGGAAGGACUCUGUACAAAUCCUGUUUAAUCAGAUCGUCGAGAUGGGAUCAGAAAUAGUUAUUUGCUGGGUCCCCAGUCAUAUCGGGAUUCCGGGAAAUGAGAGAGCAGACAUUGAAGCAAAAAAGGCUUUGGAACUGCCAGAAGAUGAAAACCAGAUUAUAUACAUCAAGCAAGGAAAUACGGAAAAUCAUCAAGGCACAGUUCAUUAA